UUUAUGUAUAUUUAUACUAUAAAUAUGGAGUAGAAAAUUACACAAUUUCAAAGCAAAGACAGUACUCCAAAGAAAAUGUUUCUCCAUUUUGGAAUAUUACUUCUUCUGUCCCAUGGACUCCUUGGCGAAGUGGACGUCUCGGAAGCUAUUGAUGGAGACAGCCGAAUAGUUGGUGGCAAAGAUGCCACCCCAGGCAUGGCUAACUACCAAGUUUCAAUUCGUAUUCAUAGAGGAAAGCAAGAAUGGCACAACUGCGGAGGGUCUAUUUUAAACGAAGAGUACGUGUUAACAGCAGCUCAUUGCGUUUAUCGAAAACGACCUGACGAAAUGUUUAUAGUAGCUGGGAGUCACCAGCUGAAUAAAGGCGGCGAUCGUUACAAGAUUAAGAAAUUGAUCCUUCAUGAGAAGUAUUCUAAGCCGGAUAUAAAGAAUGACAUAGCCAUCGUACAGAUCGAAGGCAAAUUCAAAUUCAGCGAUAAGGUUCAACCCAUUGAGUUGUUAAAAGAAAUGGCACCCAUUGGAAAGAAAUGUCUCUUGACUGGCUGGGGAUACAUCUCGUAUAAACGAAGAAAGGGAACCGUACCAAACAAUCUUCAAAUGUUGGAGUUCGAAACUAUAAGCAAUGAAGACUGCACUAAACAAUUAAAAAAGUCGGUUUACGCGAAAUUAGUGCCCGUAGAUGCCGGACAACUCUGCGUUAAGCGCCCGAAAGACAAGGGUGCAUGCAAAGGUGAUUCCGGUGGUCCUCUCGUCAUUCAGGACUACAAGAACAAAACUGUUCAAAUAGGAGUCGUGUCCUGGGGAUAUCCCUGCACCGCCAACUUUCCUGAUGUAUAUGCUUCAGUCCAUGGUUUCUACGAUUGGAUACAGAGCAAAAUAAUAUGAAUAAUUAUUUAAUAAUUCAAGAUGAUUACAUCUAAUCAAAAUAAAUAUCGUUUGAAAUAAAA